AUGCCCAAAAGAAAGGCUGAAGGGGAAACUAAAGGAGAUAAAGCCAAGGUGAAGGAUGAGCCACAGAGAAGAUCGGCAAGGUUGUCUGCUAAACCUGCUCCUCCAAAGCCAGAGCCCAACCCUAAAAAGGUCCCUGCAAAGAAGGGAGAGAAGGUACCCAAGGGGAAGAAGGGCAAGGCCAAUGCUGGUAAGGAUGCCAAUAAUCCUGCAGAGAAUGGAGACACCAAAACAGACCAGGCACAAAAAGCUGAAGGAUCAUGUGGCUUUGAGGGCACUCACUUACCACUCUGGAUCUCCUCAGCAUGGGAGCAGGGUCUUCUGCUGGGCUCCAAGGACCUCAAAGAGAAAAAGGUAGCUUGGGGUGCAAGCUGGUAUAGUAAAAAGAAGCCCCAGCAGCAGGACCAUUCUCCUCUGGCUCCCUAG